GAAAGGGUUUUUAACAGACGCGUCACUUCCGGCGAGCCUCAAGAAGGGGAGGAAAAGGAAAGAAGAAGAAAAAACAACAAACCCCCGAAGGGGGAAACAAAAACAAACGGGAGGCCUCUUCAGCCGCGGGCUCUGCGAGACUCCAGCUCCUGUUUCUGAGGGGCCUCAGUGCUCGUGGGCAGCAGCGCUCCCCCUCAUCGAUGAGGACUGGGAUGUCCCUCCGCCCCCUGGCCCAUCUUUGAGCUUCUUUGCCUCCGCUUCUCCUUUCCCCCUUUCGCCCUCCCUGUCUCACUCCUUCCUUCCCUGCCUGCCUCCUCCUCUUCUGCCGCCGCCGCAGCUUAGCCCCUUCCCUCCCCGGCCCUGAGGCGGCGACAUCAUCACCAUCACCGUCGACGGCACCGCCGCCAUGUCGGGGGACGACGACGGCCCUGGUGGGUCUCACUACGUGGCAGAGUUCGUGCCUCCGCCCGAAUGCCCCGUCUUCGAGCCCAGCUGGGAGGAGUUCAGCGACCCCCUGGGCUUCAUCGGCCGCAUCCGGCCCUUGGCCGAGAAAACAGGAAUCUGCAAGAUCAGGCCUCCCAAGGACUGGCAGCCUCCUUUUGCAUGUGAUGUACAAAGUUUUCGUUUCACGCCACGAGUUCAGCGUUUGAAUGAACUAGAGGCAAUGACUAGAGUGAAGCUGGACUUCUUAGAUCAGCUGGCAAAAUUUUGGGAACUUCAAGGAUCUACAUUAAAAAUCCCAGUUGUGGAGAGAAAAAUACUGGAUCUUUAUUCACUGAGCAAGAUUGUUGCCAGCAAAGGAGGCUUUGAAGUGGUCACUAAAGAAAAGAAGUGGUCUAAAGUUGCAAAUCGUCUUGGAUACUUACCAGGAAAGGCAACUGGCUCACUGCUGAAGUCACACUAUGAACGGAUCUUAUAUCCAUAUGAGCUUUUCCAGUCUGGUGUCAGCCUUAUGGGCAUCCAAAAGCAAAACUUGGACCUUAAGGAAAAAGUGGAGGUUGAGGACCUCGGCAUUGGUGCCAAGUCUCCCCCUAAGCAGGGUACAAGAGUGAACGUUGUGCUGAAGAGAACCAGACGUGUCAAGUCCCAGGCAGAGGCAGGCGAGAUGAGUAGAAACACUGAACUGAAGAAGCUCCAGAUCUUUGGAGCAGGACCAAAGAUGAUGGGAUUGGCUUUGGGAGCAAAAGAAAAAGAAGAUGAAGUACCUCGAAGGCGGAAAGGUACUAGGUCAGAGGCUUUCGGCAUGCAGAUGAGGCAGCGGAAAGGGGCCCUUUCUGUCAACUUCGUUGACCUAUAUGUCUGUCUGUUCUGUGGCCGGGGCAACAACGAGGACAAAUUGUUGCUGUGUGAUGGAUGUGACGACAGCUACCACACUUUUUGCCUGAUACCCCCUUUGCCUGAUGUGCCCAAAGGUGACUGGAGAUGCCCUAAAUGUGUUGCUGAGGAAUGUAGCAAACCACGUGAGGCCUUUGGAUUUGAACAGGCUGUUCGAGAGUACACCCUUCAGAGCUUUGGUGAGAUGGCAGAUAACUUCAAGUCUGAUUACUUCAACAUGCCAGUCCACAUGGUUCCCACUGAGUUGGUGGAGAAGGAGUUCUGGCGACUUGUGAGCAGCAUUGAGGAGGAUGUAAUUGUGGAGUAUGGAGCCGACAUUUCAUCCAAGGACUUUGGAAGUGGUUUCCCUAUAAAGGAUGGCAGGCGAAAGCUGAUGCCGGAAGAGGAGGAGUAUGCCCUUUCUGGUUGGAACCUCAACAACAUGCCAGUCCUGGAACAAUCUGUUCUUGCUCACAUCAAUGCUGAUAUUUCUGGCAUGAAGGUGCCUUGGCUUUAUGUGGGAAUGUGCUUCUCUUCUUUUUGCUGGCACAUUGAGGAUCACUGGAGUUAUUCCAUCAACUACCUUCACUGGGGAGAGCCAAAGACGUGGUAUGGAGUGCCCUCCCAUGCAGCAGAACAGCUGGAGGAAGUAAUGCGAGAGCUUGCUCCGGAACUAUUUGAGAAUCAACCUGACCUUCUGCAUCAGCUAGUAACCAUCAUGAACCCCAAUGUGCUAAUGGAGCAUGGUGUGCCUGUGUACCGGACCAAUCAGUGUGCUGGCGAGUUUGUUGUGACUUUUCCACGUGCCUAUCACUCUGGAUUUAAUCAAGGAUACAAUUUUGCUGAAGCUGUGAACUUCUGCACUGCUGACUGGCUUCCAAUAGGUCGGCAGUGUGUCAGCCAUUAUCGGCGACUGAGGCGUCACUGUGUGUUCUCUCACGAAGAGCUAAUUUUCAAGAUGGCUGCAGACCCAGAGUGCUUGGAUGUGGGGCUGGCUGCCAUGGUCUGCAAAGAAAUGACUCUCAUGACAGAAGAUGAGGCACGUUUAAGGGAGGCUGUCAUACAGAUGGGAGUUCUGAUGUCAGAGGAGGAAGUGUUUGAGCUGGUUCCAGAUGAUGAGCGUCAGUGUGCAGCUUGUAGGACCACCUGUUUCCUGUCUGCUCUUACAUGUUCCUGUAACCCUGAACGACUUGUAUGCUUAUAUCAUCCAAAUGAUUUGUGUUCAUGCUCUAUGCAGAAGAAAUGUUUAAGAUACCGGUAUCCACUAGAGGACUUCCCUUCCUUGCUGUACGGAGUGAAAGUCAGAGCACAGUCCUAUGAUACAUGGGUCAACAGGGUCACAGAUGCGCUGUCUGCCAACCUCAACCACAAGAAAGAUGUGAUUGAGCUGAGAGUGAUGUUGGAAGAUGCUGAAGACAGGAAAUACCCAGAGAAUGACCUCUUCCGCAAGCUAAGAGAUGCUGUGAAAGAGGCAGAGACUUGUGCUUCAGUGGCCCAGCUGCUUCUGAGCAAAAAACAAAAGCACAGUAGACUGACCCCAGAGAGUGGAAGGACACGGACCAAGCUGACUGUGGAAGAACUGAAAGCUUUUGUGCAGCAGCUGUUUAGCCUUCCCUGUGUCAUCAGUCAGGCCCGGCAAGUAAAGAACCUGCUGGAUGACGUUGAAGAGUUUCAUGAACGUGCUCAAGAGGCCAUGAUGGAUGAGGUCCCUGACUCAUCUAAGCUGCAGAUGCUGAUAGACAUGGGCACUGGCCUCUAUGUGGAACUUCCUGAAUUGCCUCGCCUGAAGCAAGAGCUGCAGCAGGCACGCUGGCUGGAUGAGGUGCGGGUGACCCUUUCAGAUCCUCAGAGAGUCACCUUGGAUGUGAUGAAGAAACUGAUUGACUCAGGGGUGGGGCUGGCCCCACACCAUGCGGUAGAGAAGGCCAUGGCUGAAUUGCAGGAGCUGCUCACAGUUUCCGAGAGGUGGGAAGAGAAAGCUAAAGUCUGCCUGCAAGCAAGGCCUCGGCAAAGCAUAGCAGCUCUGGAGAGCAUUGUCAAUGAAGCAAAGAACAUCCCUGCUUACUUGCCCAAUGUGCUGGCACUAAGAGAAGCCCUGCAGCGAGCGCGAGACUGGACAUCCAAAGUGGAGGCUAUUCAGAAUGGGAGCAACUAUGCAUAUUUAGAACAGCUAGAGAAUCUGUCUGCAAAAGGCCGCCUGAUACCCGUCCGCCUUGAGGCAUUGCCGCAAGUCGACUCACAGGUAGCAGCAGCCCGUGCCUGGAGGGAGCGAACAGGCAGAACGUUCCUUAAGAAGAACUCAAGCUACACACUCUUACAGGUUCUGAGCCCUCGAACUGACAUUGGUGUUUAUGGAAGCAGUAAGAACAGGCGAAAAAGAGUCAAGGAGCUGAUAGAGAAGGAGAAAGAGAAGGAACUUGACCUGGAGUCCUUGAGUGAGCUAGAAGAUGGACUAGAAGAGACCAGAGACACUGCAACUGUGGUGGCCGUCUUCAAGGACCGUGAGCAGAAGGAGAUUGAAGCCAUGCAUGCCCUCAGGGAAGCCAACCUAGCAAAGAUGAUGAUGGUGGACCGCAUUGAGGAGAUCAAGUUCUGCAUCUGUCGCAAAACAGCCAGUGGGUUCAUGCUCCAGUGUGAACUCUGCAAAGACUGGUUUCACAGCACCUGUGUGCCCCUCCCCAAAACCAGCUCCCAAAAGAAAGGCUCCAGCUGGCCUGCCAAAGAAGUCAAGUUCCUAUGCCCACUCUGCAUGCGUUCGCGAAGACCCCGCCUUGAGACCAUCUUAUCUCUGCUUGUGUCCUUGCAAAAGCUGCCGGUCAGACUGCCGGAGGGGGAGGCACUCCAGUGCUUGACAGAGCGGGCUAUGAGUUGGCAGGACCGAGCACGGCAAGCUCUGGCUACAGAUGAACUGUCCUCCGCAUUGGCCAAGCUGUCUGUGUUGAGCCAACGUAUGGUGGAACAGGCUGCCCGGGAGAAAACAGAGAAAAUAAUCAGCGCAGAACUACAGAAGGCCGCAGCCAACCCUGACCUACAGGGUCACUUGACUAGUUUUCAGCAAUCUGGCUUUAACCGGGCAAUGAGUAGUGUGUCGUCAUCUCCGCGACAGACUAUAGACUAUGAUGAUGAGGAGACGGAUUCAGAUGAAGACAUCAGGGAAGCAUUUGGCUAUGACAUAAAGGACAAUGCCAGUGUAAAAUCCUCUAGCAGUCUGGAGCCCAACCUGUUUUGUGAUGAAGAAAUUCCCAUUAAAUCUGAAGAAGUUGUAACACACAUGUGGACAGCCCCCUCCUUUUGUGCUGAACAUGCAUAUUCAUCAGCUUCCAAAAGCUGCUCUCAAGGCUCCAACACCCCAAGGAAGCAGCCUCGCAAAAGCCCCCUGGUACCUCGCAGUUUAGAACCUCCUGUGCUUGAGCUGUCUCCUGGAGCCAAAUCACAACUAGAAGAUUUAAUGAUGAUCGGAGAUCUCCUAGAGGUUUCUCUGGAUGAGACCCAGCACAUCUGGCGGAUCUUGCAAGCAACACACCCACCAUCAGAGGAUAGGUUUCUACAUAUUAUGGAGGAUGACAGCAUGGACGAGAAGCCAUUAAAAAUGCGGGGAAGAGACUCUUCUGAGCGGAAGCGGAAGCGCAAGCUAGAGAAAGCAGAGCAGUUCUUUGGCGAAAUGAAGCAGAAGUCUAAAGAGCUGAAGAAGUUGGAGAAGCCCAAGAAGAAGAAGCUAAAACUGACCAUGGAUAAGACAAAGGAGCUGAACAAACUGGCCAAAAAACUGGCCAAGGAGGAGGAGCGGAAGAAGAAGCGUGAGAAGGCGGCUGCGGCCAAGGUAGAGCUGGUGAAAGAGUGCACAGAGAAAAAGAGGGAGAAGAAAAUCUUGGAUAUCCCCUCCAAGUAUGACUGGUCAGGAGCUGAGGAGUCCGAUGAUGAAAAUGCAGUGUGUGCUGCACAGAACUGCCAGAGGCCCUGCAAGGACAAGUUUGGAUACUUGCACGAGACCAAAACCAGGCCUUACUCAGCCAGGUCUCAUAACGCAAACAAGGUAGACUGGGUGCAGUGUGAUGGUGGCUGUGAUGAGUGGUUUCAUCAAGUUUGUGUUGGUGUCUCGCCAGAAAUGGCCGAGAGUGAAGAUUAUAUCUGUAUAAACUGUGCAAAGAAACAGAUGCAGGGGGCAGGCAGUCCGACACGUGCACCACCACCUCAUUUCCUGCUGAGCUACAAACUACCUUUGGAGGACCUCAAGGAGACGAGUUAGCAGCCACUUGGUCUUACUGGGACGUAAGGGAAAUGGAACACUAAGAUGGCGGCGUGAAGCUAAUGUAGCCACUUGGAAAUGCUCCACUUCUGCGGACGUACGGCCCUAUAGCGGAGCUGGCCCCAUAUAGCCGGCUUCCUUUACGCAAAAGGGAUGUCAUGGGCACAGGGGUACUGACCCAGCUAUGCAGAUACCACCCUGUUGGAAGUCCCAGCCAGUGUAUUUACUCCCAUGUUUCCUUUAAGAAAAAAAGAGGCUAAGCGUAGGUACCACCUUCAGGCUGAGCAGAUAUGAGGCCCAUGGAUUAAGCUUCUUUGCCUCAACAGUUCAAAUGGGGGUAAUUGUUGAGAAUCCUGCAACCCACAAGUUUGCCUCUUGAGUGGUGGGCUGAUUGGGCAGAGAUGACGAAGGCUCCCUUUCAGCCUUUUCACAUUGUAGAAGCUCAAGGCCAUGUUAUGUGGACAAGGAACUUGCGUUGAGCACCACGCAGGGGGAGAUGGGUGGGUGGAAAAAACCCAAACGAAUAGCUCCUGGUUUUGUUGUUAGAAGGCAAAGGAACUAUAGGUCUUGGAAACAGACAUUGAUUUUGUGUUUGCCCUCCUUCCUUUGGUGGUCCCUCCCCUCGUUGGGGAAAGCUCACCGUAUAAAUUAACAUGUAGCUGAGGGUAUGUUUCCUUGGCAAAGCACUCCUCUCUGCACUGGUGGCCAUUUUCCCUUGUCUCAGGCUUUGCUUGACACCCUGCCACUAAGUUGUCUGAAGCAAGGUGCAGCUGGUAUGUUAGGUAUCACGAGUGCAUGGGGUUGGAGAUGGGUGCCGAGAGUAGCCCAGCUUCCUCACGAUUCCACACUGACAUGCUUCUGUGAAAAACGCCAGCUCACAAGUAUUCCCAGCAUCACCAAACGGUAGUUUCACAGUUCCAAAAAUGCAGUCUACAGAUUGCAGCCCUGCUUCCUCGCCUUUAGGUUUCUAUGGAUUAAAGGCCUACACUUGGCUACAAAUCUGGCUCAAUCUCUCUCCCCCCCUGCUUUCCUGGAAGAGAGGCGACUUGGGGAGCAGGUGGCAAUUGUUUUAGUAAACCAAUUUUUAAAAAAGGACUGGUUUUUACUUUUUUCUAUGUCUCGGACUACUGACUUGUUCUACAAAAAAAGAAAAAAAGAAAGAUUAUUUUUCUUUGGUUUUUAUACUUACCACGGUUACCAGCAGCACAGAAAAAAGAGAGAGGCUCACACACACACACAAAAAAACCUGCCUGCAGGCUUGGGUUUUUAACUUCAUUCCUUCCUUGUAGUACAAGGAAAUUAGCAGUUACUCCCCACAUCCUUGCUCCACCUGCUGCCUGUGUUUUAAAUAGGUAAAAACAAAACAUUUCAUGUGCUACCUUCAUGUUGGAGUUUGUUCUGUUAGCAAGGCAUCUUGAUCCUUGCUAGCUUUUCUGUGAGUGGCUGAAACUGGCCAUGGUGGUGUGUCCCCGUCCCCCCCGUUCCCAUUAUCUAUUGUGUUUCCAUUCUUCUACAGUUCUAGGAGUGUUGUAAUUAUAGUGUCCAGUCUUACUAGAUGCAGGGGUUGGGAUUUUCUAAAAGAUAAAAAUCUUGUAGUGUUCUGCCUUGACUGUUUUGUGUCCCUUCUGUUGUAUCUGGUACUUGGAGAUGUCGUUGGUCAAGCAUCUUUGUCCUGAAGCACAUCGCUGGCUUCCGUCUACAAAUAACGCACCUCGUAAAAUAUUGGGGUGGGGGACUCUCAUUAAGUCAAGGGGUGGGUCUAGUGUUUUAUAAAACUGUUUACAGGACCCACAAAUGUUCUCCUGAGGUGCAUUUCAACAUGACCCUCUAAUUCCUUUGUGAAGAAGUGGAAAAUGCUGACAGGUUUCUCAAGUUUUCACUACAUUUUGAAGAGGCAGGCAACCCACUUCUGCUUCCGCUGUAAAAUCAAAUUGAAAAACAUCUUUCCUCUUCAACAGCUCAUGCGAUCAUAGUUGACAUUUCAAAGAAAUCUCUGGCUGGGUUUCCUUGGUCUUUCCUCCCCCCCCCCAAUCAUUUAUAUAGCUUUCUGGAUUGCAAUUUCAGCUUUUGGAAGCAAAUUGUCCUCUCAAUUGCGUGGCCGCAAGGUAAGAAAAGUGUAGUGAUUUGCAAAGAACAAGUAAAGCAGAUUAUUGAUCCCUGGUACAACAAAGUUUCUUACUUGGUCAGCCUCAGAUACCAGCCAGAGCUACAGUAUGAAGGUCAGACCUAGUCAACUUGAUCACCACAGACUUCUGAACAGAAAGUGGUAGCAGAAAAGUUGUGAUACUAAACUGUCAAAGAAAAUUUAAAGCAACAUGACUUUAUAGGGUUAGUUGAGGAAGUGUUUGUCCCCAUACUUUCUGGUCCUCCCAGGCCAAGAAAUCAUUAAGGUGAAACAAAUAUUUUAGUCCCUCUUUUGUUAAUGUGCAUAAUGUGUAUAGAUUUGCAGUAUUUAUGCAUUCAUUAUGCAUCGGCCUGGUUUUAUAGCCUAUUUAAGUCUGCUUUCCAAUCCUGGACUGUUUUUACCCUUUUUUGGCACUGGUUUCAAUUUUUCAAGUUUCUAUAAUGGGCCUUUUGAGUCAGACCAAAGUUUUAUCCAGCCCACCAUCCUUGUUUCAUUCAGCAGCCAACUGGAUGCCUCUGGAAAAUCCACGAGCAAGAGUGUGAAGGCAAUAACCUUCUGUUACUUCGUAGCAUUUAGUAACACACAGCCUCUCAGUGUAGAGGUUCCAUAUAGCCAUCCUGACUAGUAGCCUAGGAACCUUCCUACCUUGAAUUCACCACCGUGGUUGACCCACCCUACCAGACCAAAUGCAUCAGUUCAGGGGUUCCCAACAAAAUUUUCUCGAGGACCCCUCAUCGAGCCGCUAUUGUGACAAGGACCCCCAUUAAUUGACUUACUUGCUUGAACAUCAAAUGCAUUAUCUUCCUCUUCAUCUGUAGGCCUUUGUCAUUUUAACGAACCACUUUUUAACCAAUGGUCCAUUUUUAACUACGUGAACUGUAGCUUCCGCGAAAAACAACGCUUUGUUUACAAACACUACUGUUUUGCAAAGAGGCAGCGCGCACCAGGGAGGAGGGAGGGGAAUGGAGAAGACAGGGUACCUGCGCAGUAGCGCACAAAUAAAGCCAACGCGCGCAAAGCAUCUUGGGGAGGUGAGUGUUUAGAAUGCGCGUGCUGCCUCUUUGCAAAACAGUAGUGUUUGUAAAGCGCCACCUAACGGCAUACAGCAGAACUACUGCCUCUAUCUAAUUCUAGUUUUGCGCUAGACUCUGCUCAUGCAGGAAGUGGCCAAAACAAAAAAUCUGUUAUCAUACAAAAUAUAUUUAAUAUAUUUUUUAUUCUAAUAGCAUCUUGCGGACCCCUCUGGCAUAGCUCGCGGACACCUGGGGGUCCACGGACCACCUGUUGGGAACCACUGCAUCAGUUUAUUCAGUUAACAUUGCCUUUGUGUUCUCACUUUACUUCCAAAGGCCAUUGCAUUUAUGAGCAUGAAGUAUGAUCUGUCAAUCCUCAAAGAUCUUCACUAAGUCCUGGCUAAGUCUCUGUUCUGACCUUAGGCUGCCAAAUGUUUGUUGUUGGUGUGUGCUUCUGUCUCCUCUCAAAGUAACAGGGUAAUACUAGCCCCCUUUUCAAGAGGGUAAGAGUGUACAACAAUUCCCCUAGAUGUUCAGGGAAAGUGGUGUGAAUGCUUUAUUAUAUUUAAUGAGUCCCACUUAAGUUACUCUAAGGGUAGGAGGUCUUGACUAUCACUGACCCUCAUCUGAAAAUGGGAAAGAAACAUGUUAAUAUAUAUUGUCUUCUGGCAAAUGAGGCAGAGUAAUCUCUUACCUGAAAAUGAUUUUUCUGCCUUCAUGUGCCUCUGAAGUUCAGAGCAAAUUCAAUGCAAGUUCCUACAGUAUGUAUGCUGAUUCUGAAAACGGUGAAGCCUUAGAAAGCAGGUUCAGAGACCAUCCCCUCCCUCCCUCGUUCUGGCCUGGGGCUGGUUGUUUCAGAAUGCCCCAAAGCUCAGUCCUGCAUCAGAAAACCCAUCCCUUGAGCUCUAGGAGGGGCAGUGGUUGCUACAAAUGUUGAUGACUUACCCAUUGGUUGGCAUCUGUCUCAGGAGACAAUGGAGGAGUGCGCCUUUGGGGAUGAAGUCAAACUUGGAAGGUUACAGUGCCUGCUGUGGCUGUAGAAACAGAUAUGGGAAAGACAUAUUUUGUUGCAGCUGGGGCAGAUGAAGGCACCCUGUUGUGCCACUGCAGAUGCACCAUGGCACUGCUUCCCUCUGCACUUCUCCCAGCAGUCAUUCUUCCUCUGGUGACUGCUAUGGAUGGCUUACCAAGACAUACCUACUGGGCAAUGUGAUACCAACAAUAGAAAGGUGUGGGGCAGACUCGUUCAGGACAUGUAUGUAUUUUAGACAUAGCUUACAAAUAAUGCUGUCGGGGUUUCUGCCUCCCUUUAGUAGUGUGUAUGAUUUCCUGCAUUGCACUGUGAUUGUUGCAGAUUUCUCAGAAUUUCCUCUUGGCGAAAAAAACAAGAAUACUUUUCCUUUUGGAUGCAAAGAAGGGAUUGAAAAUCUACAUGUUCUACUUGUAGGUAGUCUAAUGUCAAAUGGUUAGGAGAUGUUCAAUAAGCACAGCCCAUUUUUCACCGUGGCCUGUACGCUACACCUAUUCAGAUACUUGAAUAUUGCACCUUUUGUAGUAUGGUUCAUGCUCCAAAUGUUUUCUGUGAGGCAGGGGUUGGGAAAGAGCAAGAAACACCUAAGCCAGGCAUCCCCAAACUUUGGCCCUCCAGAUGUUUUGGACUACAAUUCCCAUCACCCCUGACCACUGGUCCUGUUAGCUAGGGAUCAUGGGAGUUGUAGGCCAAAACAUCUGGAGAGCCGCAGUUUGGGGAUGCCUGACCUAAGCUAACUGGGACUUGUGGGCUUCAGAAUAUUAUUUGUGAAGCUUGAUGUUUGAUCCGUAUACUUGGGUAGGAAAUCUUAUGUGCCAUAGUUAAAUUUGAAUUGAGCCUCAUUCUGCUCAGUUUUUUUGCCACAUACAACUGGUUCAUUCCCUUGCAAAAAUCAAAAUUCUUAUUUUCUAGAGACUUUUUACACUCAUCAGGUGCAAGGAGAUCUAUAGCAUGCUUAACUGCAAAGCGGGGAGGUAAUGCUAUAUAUAGACUGAAAAUAGUGAGGUCAGGAAAGAUCAAAGUGAGGAUAAGGGGUGAAGAGAACCAGCCAUUGGAUUAGAAAUGUGAAACAAUGAGCCAUUUCCAACUUUAGAGAUGAAGCUGAGGAGGACAGCUUUUCAAGCUACUAAUACCUGGGCUCCAAGGAAUAAAGCAAUUCCCAGGAAAGGUACAGAUUUCCUUUCCUAGAGUAGUUUAAAGGUGGUAAAGAAAGCAGCAAAUAGGGGCCAAGUCUGCUAAAAGUAAAGCUAUACCAAAAUACUUUUUAAGAGAGCAACUGGAAUGCUGAACAAAAUGUAGAUGGAUUAUUUAAAAUGUUUGGAUUUUAAUACAUUUGAUGUGAUGAAGCUGUAUAAGAAAUAUUUCCUUGCUGAAUUGCUACUUCCUGUGAAGUUUACAGCCCCAAUACAUUCACACAGAGUCUGUCUGACCAAACUCAAAAGUUUCAGGAGUGAAAUUUCAGGAGUGAAAUUAAAACUCUGAAGGUAGUUUGGCUUCUCAAUAUGGAUGCACAAAGGGUGGGGAAGGUCAUAGCCAUAAUGCCCUGUUUCUGAGCUCCUAGGGCAAUCUAUCUGGCUCCUACUGGCACCUUAAUUUGUAGUAAGCACUAAUGGAGUUGGGGGCAAGAGGAAAGGUGGUGUAGGCUUUCAAUUUGACAAGCAGUGGAGUGACUUUGCACAGGGCUUGUCCACACUUUGGCUUGUCUCAUGCCUAGAAAGCAGGGGUCUGAAAAGUUCCCCACUUGUUCUAUGCUUUCUAGACAUGGGUCCAUUUUCUCCAAGAAAGUCUACUCUUUACCGUAGUGCUGAAUCAGUGCAAACGUCAGUCUACUCUAAAACCCCAUUGAUGUUUGUUUCGAUUCGGCUGUAAAAAUCAGAUUUCCUCAUGGGAAAGCGGUGGGACAAGUGGAAGUCUGAUGAUGAGCCCACAGUCUUGGGCAACCAAAUUGUUCCAUAUUUUCAGUCAUUAGCUAGUUGGAAGGACAGCUGGGAGUAUUUUUGUUUGAAAUUUGCAGAUGACAUCAAGCUGGGAAACAAUGGUAAAAAUGUAGAGCAAAGUGAUUCAGGAGCAGAAGAGAAAUUAACUUCUUGAUUCGUAAGGGGCAAGCUAGGUUUGGUAAGUAUUGGCAUUCCUCGUUCAAAAGCACUGGCGAGAGCCUUGCUUUGCCUCCUGGCCUUCACAAAUAAUUGAUUAACAAUGAAACUGCUAUCAUAGCCACUUUCUCUGCAAGCUCUGAACUAAGUGGCCUCAUUUAGGCAUUGCGCAAGAUGAUGGAAGGUCUUUGGAAGAUGAUGAGCAAUCAAGGGUUCCUACAGCAUGGUUGGCUAACCUUUUUGGCCUGUGGCCUGUAUUCACCCUGGCCAACCCUCAGGUAAGGUGGAUCACAUAUCAGCAGUAGGUGUGGCCAUCCCAUAAACUUGUAUGCAUGUGCAUGCACACAAAGGCACUCAGGCUCCCUACUGAAAUGACUCAUUGGCUUCUACAGCCUUGUCAGGGUUCUGGGCUUCAUCUACCCAAUUGCAGUCUACUCUUGCCACCAAAAUUGGUGGGGUUUGAGCGGGGGCAGAAACAUUGCUUGGAGAGGCCAGAUUUGGCUCUGGGGUUUAGUCAACCCUUGUCCUACAUUCUCACUAUUUCCAGAUGAUGAACCAAAUCUCAGCAAAAGUAGUUUCACAAGCAUUACAUCUUCAGUAUAAAAAAACACUCCUGCUUGCCAUGUGGGUAUUUGUGAGGUUAUGCAACUGGAAUGGCAGGGUUGUGUCCUAAGUCAUACCCAAGAAUAAAGAAUAACCCAUUGAAAUAAAUUGUCUUGACUUAAGUUGAUUGAUUUCAGUGGGUAUACUCUUGUUAACCUAGGAAGCUACUAAAGAACAAUAUGAGGGGGUGAUGGUAAAGCACCAUUGUCCCUUUUCAGUGACUUAACCCACAAAGCCUGCCAUUGUAAUGACAUAUUGUUCACUAUUUUAUAAUUAUUGAGACUUUUUACAUUCUUACACUGCUGAUGCUUUUGCAUUCCUACCUGUCAUACACCAGGGGGGAGGGGGGGGGAGGUGAGAUGGCCAGAAUUUUAAAGCAAAACUACACUCCUCUUUCUCUUUUGCUUUUAUUUAUUUUUAUUGCAAAUAUAGCAUGCUACUAAUUAAUUAAAACAUACCAACUCUACACCUGAGCCAAUAGAUUCUAUGAUUUCUCUUAUGUCUACCACCACUGGAAAUUUUUGAAUACUUAGUUGCAGGCAAAAUAAUUAAGAGAAGUGGUUGAAAUUUUCUCCAGCAAACUAGUGCUCUAAACUAGUGCUGUUAGUUUUUUGAAAAAUUAUUCACAUGGAUAGGGAAUUCUGGUACAGAAUUGUGAUUGCUGUGGAUUCACAUAUAUUUCUCCACAGAGAGGAAUGUCUAGUUCUUUGUAUGUUGUCAAAUGUAUCUCUAUGACAAUGUUGACACAAGGCUUUGGGUUCUAAGGCUUUGGGUUCUUUCAACUUUGUGCUCUCCAAAUACUUUGGACUAUAACUCCCAUCAUUCCAGGCUAGCAAUAGCCAUUGGUUUUUGUUUUUGGAGUGGUGGGGGAGAGAGAAAAUACAGCAUGUUUCUGGGGAAAAGUUUGGCAACUGAGAUUAAUCGACUGCAACUGCAUACAUUUAACUGAUCAUAAUUUAUGAUGAGCUCAGAAUUUGGAAGCUUUUGAGAUGCAGGUGUGAACUGUUUAGGUCAUGAAUUUCUUUAAUGUGCUGUGGUUCAAGGGUAGCUGCUUAGCUGUCUAAACAAUAAGGAAUAUCUUGAAGUGUGUGAGAACUUAAUUUAGGGUGGUUAUCCAGCAGUUCUCUAAUGUCCCCUGUGUGAGAGCAAUACACACCGCAAUGUUUUCAAACAGCUUAGGAAUUUCCGUUCUUGAUCUCUUGGUUCUGCUGGGGUUAGCUGGCAAUAACAAUUCAUAAAUCUGUAAAAUUGGAAAGGACCAGUUUAUAACCUUAUCUUACUGCUUUCUAAAAACAAACAAGCCAUAUUUGCAUCUUGAUUCAAAUAACCUAGAAGCUGAAAAAGUUUCAGCAACAGUCUAGCAACAUGCAAAACUUUCUUGUGUAGAGAUGAAUCGUUAGUCCAUAUUCCUCAA